AUUAGAAAUAGUAAAGUGACUUCAAUCAGUGUUGUGCCGGAUUACAUUUAUUUAUUAAAAAAAAAAAACUUUCAGUACAAGUCAAAGGACACAAUUUUCCCGCCAAAAGUAAACGUCAAACUACAAGAUGUUUCUCAAUUACAUAUUUUUAUAUUACAUAUUUUAUCUAACUGAAAGCCAUACGCCAAAUAAUAAUUCCGACGUAAUCAUCACCUAUUCCGGUCACGCCGAAGCGAAUGUAGAAUCUCCAAGAGAUAUGGCAAAACCAAAGACAAUAACCAUAGAGAAAAACAAUUUGAUACCUAAAUCUUUUCUUACUACGAUUGAUUAUACAGAAACAGAUGACGUCUUGUUCGUUCCCAAUGAGAAAAAGGUACACAGAAUUGAUGAGGAGUUUAAAGAUCCGAAUGUGAUGAAUAUCGGUGAUGUGGUGAUGAAGAAAACUGUCGGUGAUGUGUUAGGAGACAAAGGUAUUAAUGUUGAGACAGAACGUCCAAAAGAUAUUCUUUUUAUAUCUGGCAAAAAUAAUGAAAAUAUCGAAAAGAGCGAGUUGAGGGAGCGAGAUAGACGUAACAACACAAGAAGGAGUGGGAAAGGGACGAAGCCGAUUUCAUUGGACUGCACCGAUUUGGACUGUAACAACACUAUAAAAUCACUAUGCGGCGGGAAAAUAGAACAUAAGAAGUGGAAAUAUAGAUUGUUUUUGAAUGAAUGCUACUUUCGAAAAGUCAACUGCAAUUUUAAAUAUGCUGAGAAUAGAUAUACACAAGUUCGCGAAGAGUUUUGUAACAAUAUAGCCGCCCAUUACUCCUUCAAGCCUUACGUGUACAAGUUCGAAGAACCCGUGGAGAAGAAGGAGAAGACUGACAUCAGUGCUAGAAGGAGUUAUUCUUCUAGAAGAUCGCAAAAUAAAGGCAUCGACGGCCACUUCUGCUCGCACGCAUGUCCCAUCUCCUGUCCUGAAGACUACAACCCGGAGUGCGCCCUCUCCAACACUGGGCUUAGGAAGGUGUUUGCUAACCACUGCAAAUUGGACUACAACUCGUGUGCUUACAGACUUGUCUGGCAACGGCGCCCUCUAGCGGAGUGCGUGGGAGGCAAGAAGGCGGACUUACAACAGAACAGAGGUUUCAUAGGAUGGAUGCAAAGGAUUGGGAUUGUAGACAAUAGAGGGCGCCUUGUGCUUUAUUAAUUAACUGACGCAAUAUUAAAAUAAAUAAAAUAUAUAU